AUGUCUGUUACAUCUGUUGAUCAAGACAAUACUGUUGAAAAUUCGUUUCAACAUUCGCAACUUUCUAAAAUAGAAAAUGACAAACAAGAAAACUUAUCUACUAUAGAUACUACUAAGGAUGAUGAUGAAAAAUGGGCUCGUUACAAGAAGUUAGUUGAAGCAGAAUCUAUAUCAAAGAAUUAUAUAGGGGAUGGUGCUCAAAUACGAUUGAAACUUGGUUACCAUGACGAUGCGGAUUGGCAGAUUUUACUUUCAGAAGUCAAUAACACAGAGCAUCCGUUGCGAGAGUUACAGCUAGACUGGGAUGAUAUGAAUAUGGGCGACAGUGAUGAAGCGGUCAAACGUCAUUUUAUUGAAUUGACAAAAAUUCUUGGAACUCAUACAAUAUUCGUUAAAUUAACGUUUCCUAUUCCAUGGAAUAAUAGACUGGCUUUCGCGUUGGAAGCACUCAAAGACAAUCGCUUCAUCAAACAUUUAUCGACAGAAUCAGACGGAAUUGAUUUGGAUUCAGCACGUGCACUCACAGAAAUGCUAAUGAACAAUCAAGUUUUACUAUCUCUCGAUCUUCAUUUCGAAGUUUUCAAUCCGGGAGGAGAUCACGGAGAAGGCUAUCUUAAUCGCCCAGUAUCCGAUGAAACUUUUGUCGAAUUGGCUCAUUCUCUACAAGCAAGUGUUCUUGAACGGCUCAAAAUUUAUGAUAUUAACACUAAAGGCUUUGAAAUCCUUGUAAAAUCUGUGCCGAAGACACUAACUCAUCUUGAUUUGGGCGAGAACACACUUAGUGAAGAAAUUAUUCCUAUCUUACAUUCAUAUCUUAAAUCAAAUGGUGCAACUCUCAAAGAAUUAAUUCUCAAUGAUCAUCUCGCAACUGAGUAUUUACAACAACAAGAGCCAUCAUCAUUAUCAACAGUUAAAAUCAUGCAGAAUACUAGUUGGGAAGCAAGAUUAUCUCGCAAAGCACACUCUCUCAAUUUAGAAAUGAACCAACUAGAUGACACUGUUGAACCUUUGUUGGUUACUGAACUAACCAAAAAUGAUACGACUUUUCGCGAAAUUAUUUUAACUCUUAAUGAUGAACUUAAUCAAAAUCAUUUAAAUUAUCUUCAAACUCUAUUUGAUCAAUGGAAAUUGAAAUAUUUCGAUUGUUGA